UGGGUUGAGGAGAGCUUCACGCAGUUCGAGAAUGGCAUCAACUGGCGGUCGUACGUGGUGUGCGACGUCGCCUACAACAACGUGAACAACUGGCUGUGGACGCCCUUCAUCGAGCGCGGCCCCGCCAACCGCAUGUACAUCGAGGUCAAGUUCUCCAUGCGGGACUGCUCGCUCUUCCCCGGCACCGCCCUCUCGUGCAAGGAGACGUUUUCGCUCCUGUACUACGAGUUCGACGCCGCCACGAAGGAGCCGCCCUUCUGGGAGCCCGAAAGCUACAAGCUGAUCGACCGCAUCGCCGCCGACGAAGGCCGCUUCACCAACUCCGCCGACAUCAUCAUCAACGCCGAGGUGCGCUCCAUCCCCGUGACGAAGAAGGGCAUCUACUUCGCCUUCCGGGACCAGGGAGCCUGCAUCUCUCUCCUGGCCAUCAAGGUUUACUACAUCACUUGCCCGGAGAUCACCAAGGCCUUCGCCCACUUCCCCACCACGCCCACGGGUGCAGAGGUGACAAGCAUCGAACAGGCCAAGGGCGUGUGCGUAGCCCAUGCCCGCGAGGACCCCCCUGCUAACUUCCUGUGCACGGGCGACGGCCAAUGGUCCCUCCUGAGCGGCGGCUGCGCCUGCCUGCCCGGCUACCAGGGCAACGUCGAGAAGCAGAGCUGCGACGUAUGUCCUCCAGGCAAGUUCAAGGAUGCUGUGGGUGCAUCUGCAUGUCGUGCAUGCCCGGACCACAGUGCCGCUCCUCAUGCAGGUGCCACCGAGUGCCGUUGCGACACUGGCUACUACCGUGCCCACAAAGAUCCUCGGAGCAUGCCAUGUACCCGUCCUCCAAGCAAGCCACAGAAUGUCACAGCUAAUGUCUUGGAUCAGUCCACGGUCAUCCUGUCGUGGCAGCCCCCUGUCAAUGACGGCGGACGCACUGACAUCCUCUACAGGGUCAUCUGCGAUGCUUGCAGUAAUCUGGUGUCAUACAAUCCACCUCAGAUUGCAGAGGAGAGCUUUAACACAACCCAAGUCACCAUCAGCGGCCUGUAUCCUGUAACCACCUACAGGUUUCAGGUCUUUGCAGAGAAUGGGGUUUCUGAUCAGGGUCGAGAUCCCCAGUAUGUUGAUAUAACUGUGACUACUGAGGCAUCAGGUGGCUUUAUGGUGAUUGGCUCCGAUACAGAGGUUCCAGCCAUGGUGGGCAAUGUACAUGUUACUAGUGUGAAAAGCACUGAAAUAUCCCUUGCUUGGGAUGCUCCCAAUGACCCAGAUAAUGAAAUUGAGAUGUAUGAGGUUCGGUAUUUUGUACGUGGAAUGGAGAGCAAUUCAUCAAGUUUAUUAGCAACAAAAGAAGAGUCAUCUGUAGGUGCAUUAAGACAAAGAACAGAAUAUGGUUUCCAAGUGCGUGCCAAAACAGCCAAUGGCUUUGGCGAUUAUUCUCCUCCUAUCUACAAGAUGACAGGACAGUUGCUUAGUCCAGCCUAUGUUGGUGAUGAAGACAAUACACAAGUGCGAAUCAUAGUGGGAGCCACAGUAGGAGCUUUUGUUGUGAUUGCAGUUAUCAUCGGCAUGACACUGUUAUUCUUGAGAAGCAGAGGGACAGAUGAAUGUAAUAAGAAGCAGCCAUCAGAUUGUGACACCCUUGAAUAUCGCAAUGGUGAAGAUACCACCAACUUGUGUCUUCCUGCGUUACACCCUGCCUGCUUUAGAACUGGUCAUCUCACCCCGUGGACCCUAAACACAUCUCCUCUGUACAUGCACGGUGUUUUGGAAAACCCACCCAUAGUCCAAACCCACAUCACCGGAAGUAUGACAACUCCUCUCUUCACACAAGUAGGGCACCACCGGACGUAUAUAGACCCCCACACAUAUGAAGACCCAAAUCAAGCCAUAAGGGAGUUUGCACGGGAGAUAGAUGCCUCCUACAUCACCAUUGAGGCCAUUAUUGGAGGGGGAGAAUUUGGUGACGUUUGCAAAGGGAAGCUGCAGCUGCCAAGCCGGCCAGAGAUGACAGUUGCAAUCAAGACUCUGAAGCCUGGGUCUUCUGAGAAAGCUCGUGUGGACUUCCUGACAGAGGCCUCUAUUAUGGGUCAGUUUGAGCACCCUAACGUCAUUUUCCUGCAGGGAGUUGUUACGAAGAGCAACCCUGUCAUGAUCAUCACGGAAUAUAUGGAGAAUGGCUCACUAGACCACUUCCUCAGGGUGAAUGAUGGUAAAUUCCAAGUUCUUCAGCUGGUUGGGAUGCUCCGAUGUAUUGCCUCAGGGAUGCAGUACUUAAGUGAAAUGAAUUAUGUACACCGUGACUUGGCUGCUCGCAAUGUUCUUGUCAAUGCUCAGCUAAUAUGCAAGAUCGCUGACUUUGGUUUAUCCCGUGAGAUUGAAAGUCACACAGAAGGCGCAUAUACUACAAGGGGUGGCAAGAUUCCUGUACGAUGGACUGCCCCAGAGGCUAUUGCAUUCCGCAAGUUUACCAGCGCUUCUGAUGUAUGGAGUCUAGGCAUCGUGAUGUGGGAGGUGAUGAGCUACGGAGAACGACCUUACUGGAACUGGAGUAAUCAAGACGUCAUCAAGAGCAUUGAGAAGGGUUAUCGUUUACCGGCACCAAUGGAGUGUCCAGAAGCUAUCUACCAGCUGAUGCUGGACUGUUGGCAGAAAGAACGCAAUCAUCGUCCCAACUUUGCAUCAAUUGUGCGAACGUUGGACAGACUCAUCCGUACCCCUGAAGCACUAAACAAAGUAGCUCAGAACAGGUGUACAACAGCUCUGGGUCUUGACUCGGUGGACAUGACACAGCUCACAUCAGUGGAGGACUGGCUUGCUUCCAUCAAGAUGACCCGCUAUCUUGACAACUUCCAGCGGACGGGCUUGACUGACCUGGAAGCUGUGGCACGCCUGACACAGCACGACUUAACACAGCUUGGCAUUACCCUAGUUGGCCACCAGAAGAAAAUUUUGCAGAGUAUACACACCAUGCGCACGCAGCUUGCCGUCAACAUGUCCGAGGGCUUCCUGGUAUAGUGCCACUACUCUAACCCAUGCCAACAUUCGGCACUCAAGUUAGGGUACAAGUAGUCAGGUGGGCUAAAUGUCCAGGUCCAGAGUGAAUGCGAUGUCCGAUGGUGCGUCAAAAGUUGGACCUGAAGGCCAUCGUCUACGUGAAAAUGUGAUAAUGAUCGAGGGAAAGACACUAAAAUGAAGCUUGAGUCCUGGGCAGGGUAGAGUGCAUUUUAUUUUAUUUUGAUUGCAAUAAUAUGAAAAAAAUUGUCCGUCACAAAGAACCCUCUCUUUUGCCCAUUAGCUCAAGGAAACCCUCACCCCAGGAUGCAGCAAGCGAACUGUUAGAAAACGUGGUUGAUUGCAACCAGAGACUGUUGUUUUGGGAUUCUGCAAGUGCUCCCAACCCUCUCCUUCUUGUGAUAUUUUCAUGGCCAAUGGUGUGUUGGAGACAGAACUGUGGUGCGCAUGUGUGUGGUGUAUGGACAGAACGACAAACAGCUGUAAAUCAACUCCUGUGAGAGCCCAAGUCUGCAUUAGGGUUGACAAGCAUGCCUGUCACUUCUGCGCGUUGUACGCCACUGGUUUGACCCUUAGUGUAAUUGUUGAUAUUCCAUUUGCUGCCAGACCUUAUUCUGCCAAAGUCUAGUAUUGGUGUUGUCCUUUCUACCCUUUGAUGAAAUCUCGGAGAAUGUUUCCCCAUUUCAGCUUCUGCAAGCGUCUCACUUUCUACUGAGAGAUUAUAAGUUGCCUGAUGUGGUGAAGCGCAGUGUAGUGUGUAUUAAAGUUGCUCAUGCACACGACUGAAAAAUGGGAAAAAAAACUACUGGGUGAACGAAAAAAAACGUUAUAUAUAUAUAAUGAUGAUAAUAAAAGAGCUCUGCAAAAGGUUCUAAACAUAAAAAAGCUAAACUUUUAAAAAGCAGCUUUUUUCAAGGGGGAUUCUUUUUGAUAUAUUUGGAGGAUAUGAGUAUAUAUACUUUAAAAUGUUAAAAAAAGACGUUGCAUACUAGAAACAGCCAAGAGAUGAGAGAGAUCCUCCCUCCUUGACGCACAUAUCACUUUCCCAUCUUGUGAACAUCCGGCCAUUAAAGGACCCGACACCGCUGUAGUCAUGUUGCCUCGUUGUUUGUCCGAGUAAGAAAAUGCAGUGCUGGUAAAUGGCUGGGUGGGUUGUCUCAUGAUCACAUUAAACAAAUAGGUUGUCCAGAAUGUGUCAUUGAAAUGUAAAGCUUGAGUGGAGAAAAAGCUAAAUCAAAUGGAAUAAGUUGUCUUUUAAACUCUUUGUUUUUUUUUUUAAGAAAACUACAUAAUAUCGAAAGAUAUUUUUUUAGUAAAAGUCGUCACAAGUCCAACUGAGGUGUUAAAGCCUGUAUCACUCGACCAUGUUACUAACACAGCAAGAGAGCUCGGCCCUCCUCAGUGUCUGUCCAAUCACCUCAAGGCAUCACUCUGCCCCCUUCUUGCACAGGUUAUCCAUAUCAUUUAAUGUUUACUUUCCCAGUCGAUGAUUUUAAAAAGAAAAUAGUGUUGUCAAUAGCGUUGCAAUAUUCACAAAUGAUAUUGUAGCCUGGUUUUAGUCACGACAUUGUUUCCUUUGAUGUUAACCACUUGUAUUUCCUUGCCUCUCCUUCUUCCCUUUUUUAGCCACCAGAUAAUUUGCCAAAAACGACCAAGUGCAUGUUAGUGUAUUCCUGUGUACUGUUGUUAGCAAAAGCCUGUGUUUUUGGGAACGUGUGUGAUGACUAGAUAAUCAAAAUUUUUUGUAGAUCCUGUUUAGUAUUAGAAAGAAGUUUCUACAAAAGCACCAAGCAAUACAACUCACUGAUAUAAGAAUGUGUUACUAGCUGUAUUGUUACUGUCAAACUAAUGAGUAACAAUCAAAAAAACAUCCUUAACCGUUUAGCUAGAUAUUUUCAUACAUCACACUUCAUAAUAAUUAUAGAAGGAAAAAAAGUAGAAUCUAAGUCCCAAAGAUGGAGGAAGGAAGGUGUGAGUAUUCCUAGGGAAGUUCCGUGUGUGAUAAUUUUGGAUUCUUGUAUUUUGGAAAGGGGAGGGAGACGAUGUGGUAAAGUGGUCCACAUCCCUUGUGCCAGAGUGGGCCACUGGUCUUCACAUUCCACACCCUCUCAGUUAAGGUUCCAUGUCAGGGCGUUUGCCAUUAGAAUUGUUCCUAUUAAGAUGUAAUUCAGCUUGCAUAAAGUUUUUAGCCAAUCAUUUCAAGUAGCUUCCAAAAAAGUGGUCUUCGAUUUGCAGUUUUCAGUUGCUGCAUUUUUCGUCGUGAACGGUGCGUGCGUAGGUGUCUGCUUUUAGACCUUUCGGUUACAGGGGAUUUUUAAUUUUCUGAUGAAGCCUCAGGGCGACCACUUUCACUGCCUCAUCGACAGUUCCGAGAAUCAAGCAAUCGUCCAGGGCAGCGCAGUGGAAGCAUUAGGGCUUUUUGGAGGAAGGCCACAGGACAGAUGACACUGAAGGUUAACUUAGUAAGAAAGAGAAAAGGUCUGUUGGAGAGGGACAAAUGAGGAGUUUCUAAAAGAGAAAGGCUACCGACAGGUUAUUCUAAUAUUAUAUGCGCAAAUUAUUAUUUUUUUGAAGCACGAUUUAUUCCUUCUUUGGUGCAGAUUUUUGUUAUUAUUUUUCUAUGUCACAGCAAGGUGCGGUUGGUUGGUCAAGGAGGCUAGGUCACUGUUGGUAAAAUCGAGCCCUCCCCCUCGGCAAGUCCAAAUGCUCCCACAGCUGUUGUUUUGCUUUGUGGCAAAUUCCCUGACAGACCUCAAGAGACGUGUCUUAUUUUCUUACUGAUGUAGUCUCACAAUUACUUUGAUAUAUGUCUUCUAUUACCAUUACUAUCAUAAUCAGCGGCAUAUUCUCCAGCAACUUCCCAUGACUGUUUGGGAAACUUUCAACUCAAAGAUGCUGUGUAUGCUAUAUACAGCUGGACAGUUACGUAUAACCAAUACACAUACAUACUCUUCGCAACCUUGGUGUAAACUGUUGAGAAGGCAACAAUCAAAAAUUCCAUUUUGCUAAAACCUAAAAAAGGAAAUGUUUUUGGAGUAGGAUGCCAGUCUUUCUCUUUAGUUUACUACUUGAAAGUCACAAAGAAAUCUGCAAAUGCCUUGAGCACGGAGGACAGCAUAGCGUAAUUGUUUUAUAUCAUUUUUAUUUAUUGAGCCAACGCAUUGCUAGAAGAGCAUAUGUUGUGUACUAUAAUGUUGUAUAAAGUUUGUAAAAUAGUCAAGAAAUAUUUUAUAUUUUUAGUUGGUAAGGAACGAGAUCUCCAAUUUUGAACUUUAAUUGUUCGAACAUGGAAUGUGAUUUGUUUUUAGUUUGCUGAAGAAAUGGAGGUGCCAAUAUGUGCAUCAUAGCGUCUGUGAAGCAAGGGAACUUGGGGGUUUAGUUGUAAGAAAAUUAGUUAUUCAAAUCCAAAGUCACUUAUAACACUGAUCCCUGGCCCUGCCCCUAAGAUCCUAAGUGUCAGCUCUUUUGUACAUAUAUGAUUCUGCAGGCAUUUUCUUAUACACAGAUCUUUUUGAAUAUUGUAACUGUGUCCCGUACUUUCAUUUUCUUUUUACUUGUAUGUAUGAUGAAUUUAGAUACACCUGGAAGAAUUUUGGGCUUUCUUUGCUAAUACUCAAGUAUUUUAAAACAAGUAAAGUUCAUAGUGAUUUUUUAAAUCAUAAAACUGCUAUAAUUUGUGAUUAGUCAAGAUCACAACCAAUGUCAUGUCAAUUACUGUAUUAUGUCAGUUCUGCAGUUUAUUACUGUUUUUACUUUAUGUAUUUUACUGUUCUUUUAUUGUUUUUGUAAGCUUCAAAUAGUAACAGUUAUUCUAUUUGCAUUAGAAUGACGUCCUACGACUCCUCUCAAGCUAACAAGUUGGUAUGACUCGUAGAGACCCCAUAUGCAACAGCUGUAAAUUGUAGCUUUUUCCUAGUCAUAUAUAUUAUCCCUCCCUCCAGCCGCAGGGAGGUGGAGGGCAGCCAGAGCUUGGUUUGAUGACUCAGACAAAAUCUCUUCUGAAUCAAAAUAAAAUCACAUCACGCCUGAGGAACCAAUGUUGCUGUGAUUUAAUCUAGCCAGAUCACUGUGAUUCCUCAUGAUUUUUUUAAUGUAGAGGAAACCCGAAUGCCGAGUCUGGACUUUGCGUCUGUCGACAUUAUGCGAGUUUUACUCAAUGCAGAGCCAUUUUUGGAUCUUGACUGCAUCAUAUACCUAACCUGCCUGGCCUCCAUAGGGAAUGUAGGCCCCAGGAGCUUCAUGUGUCACAUUUGGCUUUACACUGUAGGUUUACAAUUUUAUUUUCAAGUGAUUACAAUGCGAUCCCAAGAACUCUUCAUGAGAAAUCCUGGAGCUUUCUUUCUCUCCUCCUCGGCAUAUUCUGCUGACAUGUUUGUAUUAUGUUUAUUCCUAACCUUCAGAGCAGUUGUAUGUGCAAGUUCUUUGUGUUCAAGAAACAAUAAAGUUUGACAGAAAUACGGGAAA